UGCUCUUAAUUUAGGUUAAAUCCAAGAGCAUGUACCAAUCAGAUUCACGAAUUUCACAACAGUUGCAAAGCAGCUUUCCCUGCUGAACGCAGCCAUUAGUUUCGAAAUCUCCGCUACGAACCACCACUGUAUGCAGUGCGAUUCAAUUAUAGGUUAAAGUAUAGCUAAAGAGGCAUACCUGCUAUCAUUAUGGCUAGCACAACAAAAGAAAAUACAUUCAAUACUAUAGAAGAAUUAGCAAGGAAUUCUGUACUAGUUCAUAGUGAUUCUGUAUCACCUGGUACAUCUACAGUAAAAGGUUAUGAUUUUAACAAUGGUCUUGAUUAUCAUGAAGUAUUCAAGGCCAUGAAAUAUUCUGGUUUUCAAGCUACAAAUUUUGGAUUAGCAGUGGAAGAGAUAAACCGAAUGCUGGAUCAAAGAAGCGUACCUCUUGCAGAAGAUCAAAUUGACAGUUUAGAGGAAGAUAAAUUUAUAAAAAGAAAACAUAGUUGUUCAAUAUUCCUAGGGUACACAUCAAACAUGAUAUCCUCUGGUAUUAGAGAGACUAUAAAAUACCUUGUGCAACAUAAUUUUGUAGAUUGUAUAGUUACUACAGCUGGUGGAGUGGAAGAGGAUCUGAUAAAGUGUUUAGCACCUACGUAUCUUGGAAAAUUCAGUUAUGAUGGCAAACUUCUCAGAGAAAAGGGACUUAACAGAAUUGGAAAUUUGAUAGUACCAAAUGACAAUUAUUGCCUGUUCGAAGAUUGGGUGAUGCCAAAGUUAGACACGAUGCUGAAUGAACAGGUGAAACAGGGUACCUUGUGGACACCGUCUAAGGUAAUAGCCAGACUUGGCGAGGAGAUCAAUAAUGAAGAAUCGAUUUACUACUGGGCUGCAAAAAAUAAGAUCCCAGUAUUUUGUCCAGCGUUGACUGAUGGCAGCCUUGGUGACAUGAUGUUCUUUCAUUCCUUCAAGAAUCCAGGACUUGUAAUCGACAUACUUGCAGAUCUCAAGAGAUUAAACACGAUAUCUAUGAAAGCUGUGACGAGUGGCAUGAUAAUCAUUGGAGGUGGUGUCGUAAAACAUCAUAUCUGUAAUGCUAAUCUUAUGAGGAAUGGUGCUGAUUUUGCUGUUUUCUUGAACACUUCUUCAGAAUUUGAUGGCAGCGACAGCGGUGCCCGGCCCGAUGAAGCGGUUUCUUGGGGAAAAAUCCGAAAAGAUGCCAAUCCUGUCAAGGUAUAUGCAGAGGCUUCUUUGAUAUUUCCAUUGUUAGUAGGAGAAACAUUUGUAAGAUAUCAUGUAUCCCGCAAAGAUAACAAUUAAAUACUUAGAAUAUAAAGAGAAUUCUUUAAUAUUAUAUAUAUAACUAUAUAGAAUUAUAAAAAUUAUUAAUAAAUAGAAAUAAUAAAUUAAUAAUUAUAAA